AUGCCGGCCGAGCUCCGGCAGGAUCACGGCAUCAUCAACCAGAACAUCACCGCCCGGAGCGACGUCGCGGAGAAGCUGCAGACGGGAAUCUUCACCCUCCGCCGGUCUUCGAUCGCGUCCUUCACCAACCGAAAGCUAACUCGACAGGGUGGUCACGAGUGGAAGCCCGUUGAGGGCGCUGAGGGUCCCGUCUGCCGUCUUCUUUGGGAUGCCGGCCCCUGCGCAGUGGAGGCUUUUUGGCGAGGAGGGCAAGCCGGAGCUGGCUGA